AUCGCCUGUGACUCCAGCUGCAGGCAAUCCAAUACCUCUGCCCUGUGUGCACUUGCAUGGAUAUGCACCCCCUAUACAAAUAAUUAAAGAUAAUGAAAUAUCCCACAUGUCAGGAACAUGGCUGAGUGACGGCAUGUCUGCUGAACCAGUGAAAGCGCUGGGUUCAGUCCUCAGCACACAAAACCAGUAACGACUACUGGCCAAUGCUCCAAAGGUCUAAAGAUAAAGAGGUUCUAGAAAACUUGGGUAUUUUAGAAGCCCACAGUGAAAAUGAGGAAGGAAAGCCAGUAUAAGAAAGAAGAACCUUUAUUUCACAAGCUACUCGUGUGUUGAGCUCAUGACUGCCACAAUACAUACAGCUGAGUAUCUUCCCAAACAAAGCUGAUGCUCGGGACGGCUAACACCACUGUGAUGCAGGGCUUCAACAAGUCUGAGUGGUGCCCCAGAGACACUCGGAUGACACAGCUGGUGUUCCCAGCUCUCUACACUGCAGUCUUCCUGACUGGUCUCCUGCUGAACACCUUGGCCCUCUGGGUGUUCAUUCGCAUUCCCAGCAAUUCUACUUUCAUCGUCUACCUCAAAAACACUCUGGUGGCAGACUUGAUAAUGACCCUAAUGCUUCCUUUCAAAAUCCUUUCUGAUUCUCAUCUUGGACCCUGGCAACUCAGAGUUUUCGUAUGUUAUUUCUCUUCUGUGAUCUUUUAUGAGACCAUGUAUAUAGGUAUCAUAAUGCUGGGCCUCAUCGCCUUUGACAGAUUCCUCAAGAUCAUCAGACCUUUUAGGCAAUGUUUUGCAAAAAAACCUGCUUUUGCAAAAUUAGUCUCAAUUUUCAUCUGGUUCGUGAUGUUCCUCAUCUCCCUGCCAAACAUGAUCUUGAACAACAAGGAGGCAACACCAUCAUCUGUGAAGAAGUGUGCAUCCUUGAAGAGUCCUCUGGGGCUGGUGUGGCAUCAAGUAGUCAGUCAUACAUGCCAGUUCAUCUUCUGGACUGUGUUUCUUCUGAUGUUUCUGUUUUAUGUGGUGAUUACCAAAAAAGUAUACAAUUCCUAUAAAAAGUUUACAAGUAAGGACAGCCAACACAAAAAGGUGGAGAUGAAAGUAUUUAUUGUCAUAGCUGUGUUCUUUGUGUGCUUUGCUCCUCUACAUUUUGUCAGAAUUCCAUAUACAUACAGUCAAACCAAUAAGACUGACUGUAGACUAGAAAACCAACUGUUCAUUGCUAAAGAAACAGCUCUCUUUUUGGCUACAACUAACAUCUGUAUGGACCCAUUAAUCUACAUACUCCUAUGUAAAAAGUUCACAGAAAGAGUACCGUGUAUGAGAGGGAGAAGAAUAGCAGCAUCGAGCCAAGAGCACCACAGUAGCCAUACAGACAACAUCAUACUAACCUGACAGUGUUCUCCCACAUAGUAAUUCUACCCAUAGCUUCGCUUCUAUUUAAGGAUGGGACUUGAAAGCUCAUUUACUUGGAGACUUCAUUUAAGCAUUACAGGAAAAGGGGGGAGCAAACAUUUUCCUACAUUUUAUUAUCCUAGAAUAUGGAAAAGAUUAUAUACAUUUUAACCACACCGAUCUAUUUAUAAACAGAAUGAAUUAACAGUAAGAGAAUGUUUAAGAAAACAAAUGGCCACUAGAUGUCAUCUAUUGAAGAGCAUUCACGUAUAUGGAAAAGAUUAAUGAGUAAUAGGUAUGCCUAAAAAUCCUCCCUUCUAGUGACCACCCCCCAUUCUUUCACACACAUAAUUCCUAAAACAUUAUGGUCGCCUUUACAGCCUUCAGAAUGCUGAUACUUGUGGGCAUAAACCAAUAAACUUGCACAUCUAACGCCUGUGGAGGAAGCCUAAGGCAGGAGCUGAAACAGAUGCAGUUUGAGGAACCAAAGUGGGUCAAAAUGAUCCCAGGAAUCCCAAAAGCUUUGUUUUCCCUCAAGUGCAAAGGGCCUCUGCUACAUGUCAGCAGUGCACCAGAAAGGCACGUUCUACAGGCAAAGCCAGUAUAUAGCUAUGUGCAGUCUGGGGGAGGGGGGGGGGAGGCGGUGUCACUCAGCAAAACCUUCCUGGGCAACAGAGUCUGCACCCCAGAUGGAAAAUAAUUACUGCUCCCACUAUUUGUCUAUAUACAUUGUUGCACAUUUUCUUAUACUAGUUUGCUGUAAUUCGGGACUACAUUUCCCAAAGACAGAGUUCUUAAAAAGACAAAUAUGUUACAAAUUUUUGUUAUCUCCUGAAAUCACCUCUCUCUCUCUCUCUCACUCUACUCUCACUCUCUCUCUCUCUCUCUCUCUCUCUCUCUCUCUCUCUCUCUCUCACACACACACACACACACACACACACACACACACACAAAUGGACUGCAGACAUCCCAGACAGAUAUACUAACCUUGGUGCAUAUAAGCAAUGAAAGGGUUGGACUGUGGUUGGUAAUAACCACGUGGGAAGAUUUUUCAAAGUCUGAUUCAUUUUAUUUAGGUCCAUAUCCUUUUCUGGAUCUCCUUAUAGGUUUUAAAAAAGAAAUAAAGUCUGCUUUUCUGGAAUUGCUACUGAACUUUUCUAGAGAACAUGAGGACUCUCCCUCUAGCUGUGCCUGCCAGAUGAAGUCUCAGCUGCUCUUCUCCCGUGGCCUUUGAGGCCACAGAGGCCAGAGAACUUCCUUACCUUUAUGGAAUCAUCUGCUAACAGCACUUCCACUCUCGGCCUUUACACUCUGUUUAAUAUGCCAUAUUCUGUCCUCACUCCACUGUGCACAGAGCCUUCCCUCUGACUCACCUUAUAAGUUCCUAUCUAUAGGCAAAGCCCAGUUGCUAUCACUUACUACUCCAUGUAAUCUCAAAUGCCCAACCUCCCACCACUACCUCAGGCCCAAUCACUUCCUCACCCAUGUAGCAUCAUUCCUCAACUCCCACACUGCUUGUGAUCAUUUCUUUAAACAUGCAUCUAUUGCUUAAAUAGACUAUGCAUAUUUU